UCCUUACUUGCACCAGCUUCAACAUGGUCCUUGGAUCCUCCAACUCCACCUUGGCCUUUCCAGCCUUCCUGACGCCACCUCAGUAUUACAUCUCUCCGGUUCCACCCUGGACCAUCAAAGGCUCUGCUGUGGUCAUUAGAUCAUUCAGCAUAAAGAAGACUGAACUCAACUCACAAUGAAGAUCCUCCUCAUCUUCUUCACUUUCUACCUGAUCUCAGGUGCAGUGAGAUGCUUUAGUGUCACUGGAUAUUCUGGAGGAAGUCUUCUUGUUGAGUCACAGAGGUUUUGGUACAGUUACUCUGUGAAAUACAUGCAUAAGUUAUCUGAGUGGAAGACAGUAUUGUAUGAUAAGAAACAUGCAUGGAUUAAUGAAGGACAAUUCACACUGUUUCAAAACAAUGAGGGAAAACUUGUGAUCUACAUCAGAGAUUUAAAUCAACAAGAUGCUGGAAGAUACGAAAUUGGGGUUGAAGGCCAAUGGUACAUCAAUAUGGCUUUAAAUGUGAAAGAAGAUUCAUGUUGUAAAGUGUCAAAGAGAGUGAUAGUGAGUAAUGGAGAAACUGCAACAUUCAGCUGUGAAUAUUCACAGAGUCAUAUUAAUGAUCCCAAGAUCAUAUUCAAAGAAGGAGAAGACUCUAUUGAGAUGAUUUACAGCACAUGGAAUAAGAAAGAAAGAUUCAGUGUUUCUGAUGACAAACAGAAAAAUAUCUUCAGUGUGAGAAUUUCUGCUGUGAGACCAGAUGAUGGAGGAGUUUAUUUUUGUGGAGUUUGGAUCAACAGACACUCGUACACUUACUCCAUUAUUAAUACUGUUAAUUUGCACAUCAUGAAUAAAGUGCCUGAAGUAACUGGCUACUCAGGAGGUCGUUUGAUGAUCAAGUGUGAACAUCCUCAAUACAAAACCAAUCCAAAAUACAUCUGUAAAGAAUCAGAUGAAUGUUCAGAGAGGAAGAAUCCAGGAGUUCAGGAUGAAUGGAUGGAGAAUGGAGAUGUUUCUUUAUAUGACGACACCAGAGCAGGAGUCUUGAUGGUGUUUUUUAGAGAGCUGAAAGCUGCAGAUGCAGGAACAUACAGGUGUGGAGUGAAUGUGUCUCCCUAUACUGAGAGCUUCACUGAACUUCAGCUGAACGUCACAGACGGUGCAAUUUUUGUGACUGAAUCUGCUCAUCUUGGUGAAGAAGUCAACAUCAUCUGUCAGAUCCCAGAGGAACAUAAAGUUCAUGUCUGCAAAGAGGAUGAUAAUCACAUCUGUCAAAACAUCAGCACAUCUACAGUGACAGAAAUGAAUGGUUCAUCUGAGAGAAAUGAAGAGAGAGUUUUUACAGUGAGCAUCAGUAAUGUGAGCGUGAGAGAUGCUGGAGUUUACUGGUGUGGAGCAGAAACCAGAGACACACAUUUGACUUUCAUCUCCCUGAACACCAAAAUUCAGCUCAACCUCAUCAUAGCUCCAGUAGUGAGACGUGAAGGAGAAUCUGCUGAGAUCAUCUGCCCUUAUGAUUCAAUCUAUAAAUCAAAGUCAAAGUCUCUCUGUAAGGGGAAGUGCUCCACUAGAGAUAGAAAUACUCUCAAUGAAGAGAAAGAGACCAAGACUGACAGAUUGACUCUGAAUGAUGACGGCACUGCAAGUGUCUUCACUGGGACCAUCACUGGACUGACAGCAGAGGAUGCUGGGAAAUACUGGUGUGCAGUGACAUUAGAGAGAGACGUGAAUUAUCUUUACACUCAUCUGAUCGUCAUCAUGAACGAGGAGCUGAACUUGACUAAGUAUGAAGGAGACGACAUGUCAAUCCAGUGCAAACAUCAUGAUGAACAUCAGAAACUCUUCUGUAAAGCACAUGAACCCUCCAUGUGUGUGAAGGAUGGAGUUUCAUUGGAGACGAUCAGAGAUGAUCGAUUCUCUUUCAGUGAUGAAGCUUCUACUGGAGUCUUUACUGUGAACAUCACUGAUCUGAGAGAAGAGGAUUCUGGGAUAUACUGGUGUGGAGCUCACGUCAUCACUAAAGUCAACCUCACUGUUAAUAUUGAUUUCUCUUUGGGCAACAUUAUUUCUUUGUGUUCGACUCUGCUGCUGAUUGGAGGAUUCGCUGUGACCGAGUGUUUAUUAAGAUGAGGCAUUCUCUGGCGUCUUUCCAGCUCUAGACUCUUGGCCUGCGGACCACCUUGAACCUCUUUCCCUGCCAGUAAUGGAAUUUUCCACUAUUUAUGAGACAACGCUUCCCCACCAUUCACAGAAAUUUCCGGCUUUCCAUGUUUUCACUGUUAUAUGGUAGGGGGUGCUAUUACGCAUCUUCUGGAAGAUUACUGAAUAUCCUGAUCAGGUAAAGUAGUAGCAGAAACAAGUGACAUCAUAUGUAAUCCUAUGCAUAUGUAAAAUUAUGCGAUCAUCAACAUUAAACAGCACAUAAAU